GCUAAUCUUGCAAUGGACGCUGUGUCUGGAAGGAUUGUGGGCACGUUUGGAGUGUGGGACUAUGUGUUGUUUGCCCUCAUGCUGUUGGUAUCUGCAGUCAUUGGGAUUUACUUUGCCACUAAGGAGCGCUCCAAUGCUGACUUUCUCAUGGGCGGCCGCCAGCUCUCCCCUGUGCCCGUGUCUGUGUCCCUCACAGCGAGCUUCAUGUCUGCCAUUGCCGUGCUCGGCACCCCAGUUGAAAUCUAUCGCUACGGCGUCAGCUUCGGCUACAUGGGGCUCACCUACGUGCUCAUGGUGGUCGUGAGUGCCGAGGUUUUCCUGCCUGUCUUCUACGAGCUGGGCAUCACCAGCACAUACGAGUACUUGGAGCUGCGUUUCAAUAAAAUCAUACGUUUGUUUGGAACGGUUUUUUACAUCGUGCAAACUGUUCUUUAUACUGGAAUUGUGAUUUAUGCUCCUGCUCUGGCUCUUAAUCAGGUGACUGGAUUUAACCUAUGGGGGUCGAUUAUGGCGACAGGGAUCGUAUGCACUUUCUACACUACACUGGGUGGGCUUAAGGCUGUGGUUUGGACAGACGUGUUCCAAAUCGGGGUUAUGGUGGCGGGAUAUCUGGCGGUGAUCAUCCAGGGAACGAUCCUGCAGGGCGGCUUCUCUGUCACCUGGGAGAGGUCUCAGCAGGGAGGUCGUCUCGACCCUCUGAGCUUCCAUCCUGACCCAAGGUUUCGACACACGUUUUGGUCUGUCUUGGUGGGCGGCACAUUUGUGUGGACGACCAUCUAUGGAGUCAACCAAUCUCAAGUUCAACGAUACUUGGCUUGCAAGACGCAGCGACAGGCCAAGCUAGCUCUGUACCUGAAUCUGCUGGGUUUGUGGAUAAUCCUGGCUUGCUCCGUCCUCUGCGGACUGGUUAUGUACGCGCAAUACGCCGACUGUGACCCGCUCACUGCUGGGCUCGUCUCUGCCAGUGACCAGCUGAUGCCUUUCUUGGUGAUGGACAUCUUGAGUGACUUCCCAGGAGUCCCGGGCCUCUUUGUCUCCAGCGCUUUCAGUGGUACACUGAGUACAGUGUCCUCCAGCAUAAACGCACUGGCAGCUGUUACUUUGGAAGAUCUCAUCAAGCCUCGCUUCCUGAAUCUGCCCGAGAAGCGACUGUCCUUGGUCUCUAAGGGCCUCAGUGUCGGCUAUGGUGUGAUUUGCAUAGCCAUGGCAGUAGCUGCUUCAGGAAUGGGAAGCAUCCUGCAGGCGGCAUUGAUGGUGUUUGGGAUUCUGGGAGGCCCCAUGCUCGGCGUCUUCGUCUUGGGAAUUCUCUUCCCCUGCAGCAAUGACUACGGUGCUACUGCUGGUCUGGCGGCGGGGUUUCUCUUGGCCUUGUGGGUUGGAGUUGGAGCACAAUUCUAUCCUCCACCAGCUGACAAAACUCUGCCCUUACCUCUCAACACCAGUGGAUGCCUGUGGCUUAACCAGACUGACAGUUUCCUCAAUGAAACGAUCGUAACCUUGCUGGCUCCGACAUCUAAUGGGCUGCCUCCGGAUCAGCCUGCUAUAGCCAGCACCUGGUAUUCUCUGUCCUACCUCUACUACAGUGCGGUGGGGACCUUGGGAGUGGUCAUUGUGGGAAUGUUCGUCAGUGUCCUGACAGGUGGUAGGAAAGGGAAAGAAGUUAGCCCUUCCCUUCUCGUGAGGUCCUGUCUCCCGUGCAGUUGGAGGAAAUCACAUUCAGAUACUGCAGUUGUGGAGAAAGUUGCAUCGGCUGCAGUCCCAAGCAAACCACUCGGAAAAUGUCACACAGCAAGCAUGGGUACAACCAACCCCAGUUUUGAUAUUGAAGCAAUCAAUCAGAUUCCAAACUCUCCACCAUGGCCAAGACCAAAGAGCUCUCCAAGGAUGUCAGGGACAAGAUUGUAGACCUAAAAAAGGCUGGAAUGGGCUACAAGACCAUCGCCAAGCAGCUUGGUGAGAAGAUGACAACAGUUGGUGCAAUUAUUCGCAAAUGGAAGAAACACAAAAGAACUGUCAAUCUCCAUCGGCCUGGGGCUCCAUGCAAGAUCUCACCUCGUGGAGUUGCAAUGAUCAUGAGAACGGUGAGGAAUCAGCCCAGAACUACACGGGAGGAUCUUGUCAAUGAUCUAAAGGCAGCUGGGACCAUAGUCACUAAGAAAACAGUUGGUAACACACUACGCCGUGAAGGACUGAAAUCCUGCAGCGCCCGCAAGGUCUCCCUGCUCAAGGAAGCACGUAUACAUGCCCGUCUGAAGUUUGCCAAUGAGCAUCUGAAUGAUUCAGAGGACAACUGGGUGAAAGUGUUGUGGUCAGAUGAGACCAAAAUGGAGCUCUUUGGCAUCAACUCAACUCGCCGUGUUUGGAGGAGGAGGAAUGCUGCCUAUGACCCCAAGAACACCAUCCCCACCGUCAAACAUGGAGGUGGAAAUAUUAUGCUUUGGGGGUGUUUUUCUGCUAAGGGGACAGGACAACUUCACCGCAUCAAAGGGACGAUGGGCGGGGCCAUGUACCGUCAAAUCUUGGGUGAGAACCUCCUUCCCUCAGCCAGGGCAUUGAAAAUGGGUCGUGGAUGGGUAUUCCAGCAUGACAAUGACCCAAAACACACGGCCAAGGCAACAAAGGAGUGGCUCAAGAAGAAGCACAUUAAGGUCCUGGAGUGGCCUAGCCAGUCUCCAGACCUUAAUCCCAUAGAAAAUCUGUGGAGGGAGCUGAAGGUUCGAUUUGCCAAACGUCAGCCUCGAAACCUUAAUGACUUGGAGAAGACCUGCAAAGAGGAGUGGGACAAAAUCCCUCCUGAGAUGUGUGCAAACCUGGUGGCCAACUAUAAGAAACGUCUGACCUCUGUGAUUGCCUACAAGGGUUUUGCCACCAAGUACUAAGUCAUGUUUUGCAGAGGGGUUAAAUACUUAUUUCCCUCAUUAAAAUGCAAAUCAAUAUAUAACAUCUUCGAUUUAAAGCUUUCGUGACUGCAGGGAUUCAUCUUCUUGGUUCUUUCGGUAAAGUCAC